CGACAACUACUGUUUCCCUUUCAGCCAAAUGGUUACAUUUUAGUCCCCACGAUACAUCUUUCAAUUCCCACCUCUUCAUUUGCAUCAUCAUCGUCUCGUCAUGUUCUUCUCCUUCUACUACUCCUUUUUCAAGUACUAGUGGUACAAAUUCAAGAAUCCCAUAAUCCCAGAUAAAGCAAAGACGGAACCUUUUUCACUUUACUAAAAGCUCUUUCCCUUUUUGCUAAGUCUAACACUUCUCUAUACUGUUUUUCGCCCUUUGCUGCUCAAAUGGCUGUGGCAAUGGCUUCUUCUGGGACAACUCCUGGGCUUUAUACUAAUCUAAAGGCAAUUGACAAGCACCCCAUUGCUAAAGCUUCCCUCUUUACUUGCCCUUUUGGUUCGGAUCCAGUUCAGGGAUUCUGUAAUUUUUCCAAGAAAAGAUUUCCAUCUUCAGAAGCGAGGCUUCUUUUGCAAGCGUCCCCAGCUGCAGCUGUGGUGCAGGGCGAAAGCCCGCAAGAAACUGAGGAAGUUCCAAUUCCCAAAGUUAUAAUAGAUCAGGAUUCUGACCCCAAUGCAACUUUGGUGGAGAUCACAUUUGGGGAUCGCCUUGGGGCUCUUAUUGACACAAUGAAUGCGCUUAAAAAUCUCGGGCUCAAUGUUGUCAAGGCAAAUGUCUAUCUUGAUUCAUCUGGGAAACAUAACAAGUUUGCCAUCACAAAAGUUUCUACAGGUAGAAAGGUUGAGGAUCCUGAGUUGCUUGAGACCAUUCGUUUAACAAUAAUCAACAAUUUGCUUGAGUAUCAUCCGGAGUCAAGCUCACAGUUAGCCAUGGGGGCAGCCUUUGGUGUUGUGCAGCCAAGUCAGCCGGUUGAUGUUGACAUAGCAACUCAUAUCCGUGUCUAUGAUGAUAGUCCAGAGCGAAGUUUAUUGCAAGUUGAAACAGCAGACCGCCCUGGAUUACUUGUGGAUCUUGUAAAGAUUAUUACUGACAUAAACAUUGCUGUGGAAUCAGGAGAAUUUGACACAGAGGGCUUGUUGGCUAAGGCUACGUUUCAUGUCAGUUACAAUGGUAAUGCCAUCAGCAAGCCCCUUCAACAGGUUCUUGCUAAUAGCUUGCGAUAUUAUUUGCGGAGACCAUCAACCGAAGAGGCGAGUUUUUGAUUCACCUAGCGAAGACGACAACUGUGAAUCCUACAUAAUUAAUGAAGCGCUGUAGCCUCGUUUUUGGAACAAAUUAUGCUUCGAGUUGCUGAAUACCGUGACUUGCAAUUUUUCACUGAAGAAAUCAUUUGAAACUUCCAUUGGUGGUCUGAUAAUUAUGACAACAUUAUACAGUGAUCAGAUUAUCAACUUAUAGUUUCAUACAUUCUGGCACAAUACAUGGGAAAUUGCUCCAGUUAAUUGAAAGUAAUCAAGGAAAAUGUUACAGGGAAGGUAUGGCACUUUUACCAA